AUGAGUGCAGACUGGAAGGACUAUGAAUGCAGCUACGCUGAGUUUGGUGUCAAAGACUUCCAUGUAAUGCUGAAGAAACUCAGUGAGAAGAAAAAGGAGCGAGAGGAGGAACAGGCCAAGGGCUCCCCAUGGCCAGAAGUCACGUGGCUGAAGGAUGAUGUUCCUGUGCUGAAGCGGGUCAGUAUCUCCAACUCUGAAUCUUCAUCUCCGCUACUGAUCACUUCAUCUGAGUGCUCUGAUUCAGGGAUCUACACCAUAGGGGUCAAAAACCUGGUGGGCCAGGAAAGCUUCAGCGUGGAGGUUAGGGUUACAGAUGAUCCCAAGCCCCCAGGACCAGUAGAACUUGAGGAGAACGUCCCAGGCACUAUGACAGUGAUCUGGGAACCAUCCCCUGAUGAGAAGUGUGACGAUCACCUCCGCUACUCUGUGUCUAAACAAGGCUCAUGGAGCACAGUGGCCGACAGGCUCUUCAACAACAAGUUCACCACUUCCGUGUCUACGCUAAGAAGGACAUGGGCAUAUCUGUCCCAUCUGAGAACAUUUGUGGUGAACAUGCCAGCCUACAAGACCUGUGAUUUGCGGACUACUCCAUCCUUCCUUCUGCCACUGAGACAGCACACAGCUCCCAAAGUCCGCGUGACCCCCAAAGACUGGGGCGAGUACACCAUCCAAAUAGAGGGUGCCCUGGGGAGGGCCGAGUGCUCCACCAAACUCAGUCAGAGAUGA